UGCGGAAAGACUUGAGCAUACAAAUGAGAUUGGAGAUUGAGGGGAUACGACAAGAGAUGAGGCAUGGGUUGAGGGAUGAACUCAUUGAAACGUUUAAAGAUGCGGUGUUACCAGCGAUGCUACCGAUAUUGGAUAAGGGUAAGCGGAAAGUAAUGUCAGGGAGCGGAUCAGAUCGGCAUAGCUCCGAAGAGAGUGAUACGAGCGUGACCCAAGAGAUUACCAAGAAGGCGGGAAAGCUAACCAUUGCUGAAAAAAGAAAGAGGGGACCGGAGCCGGUAUUCGAGGACGGCCCACCCAUGGAGCUGUCACCGAAAAGGACUCCAAAGCGAGGGAUGACGAAGCCGAUCAAACUGUGUGCGCGUUUGACCAGAGCGAAGGUCAAGCAAACCGGAGGUAAGAAGCCUUCACCAGUGAAAACACCGCUGUCACGACGCAAGCCGUGCAUGAAGAAGAACACGCCGCUCCCGAAGUCGGUGACUAAAGGCACGCUGGCGCGCUUACGUUUCAAGGAACAGGUGAUGCGCGAGCUGAAGGAUCUGGACGCUGCAGAGCUCCAGCGAAUUUGUAAGGAGGAGGGUGUACCGUACGACAAGAAGGUGGAGGCAAUUUUUGAUAUUGCCGAACGUCGAGCAAACAUAGCCUUCGGAAAGGAGGAUGUCACUCACGGAGAGAUCAUCGUGGUGGGAUCAGAGACUUGCGGGGAAACUGCCGCUGAAGGAGAACAGUACUGGAACCUCAGUGUAUCGCAAUUAUGGUGACUUUGCAGAAUUUUGACUCGUUUUCGAUGUAAAUCCUUUGCUGUGAAUCGUAGGACUGAGCGCUUGUUGAGGAUUGUGAUUUUAUCA